GACAAAAUGUUGCUUGGAUCCUGAUGAAUUUAGUAAAUUGGCUUAGUUAGUGUAAUUUAAAAUUUUCUAUUCAUCGGAUGAAUAUUAAAGAUCAAAGGACAUCACUUUAAAAUUGAAAAAAGGACAUCACUUAAAAGAACUGAUAAAAGUUUAAAAGAGAGAUGAAGGUCAACUACUUGCUUGGAGUUGGAAUUGUACUCUCGCUGAUUGGAGCAUCCCUACUGGCUGCCCUUGUCAUCAUGUACGUGAUCCCUUACAUUCCUACCAGGCACUACAUGGAAGGAGUCUGCAAUCUUACUCAUUGUGAUAUGUCGGAUACGAUAGUGACAUGCAAGUGUCAGACCAGUGGAUGCAUAUCGAGUUAUCCAUGCACGAAUGUCCUCGUCAACCUACUGACGUAUGGUGACAAAACAAAAAAUCUAACCCUCUAUAAUACUUUCUACACUUAUGAAGCACAAAAGAUAACAGGGUGCUCCUAUCACAAGUGUGGACAUAACUCUAAUGAGAACAAAGAAGCAGUUGCAAAUUUCAUUUCAAAAGUCAAAAAAAAAUUUGGCGAGCCGUUCAAAUGUUACUAUAAAAAUGUUGAAGAUUUGAACACUUCCAACACCUCGGAUGUUGACCCAACUAACAACAACACAAGCAACAUCAUCCCUUCCUCAGAGGCAGGCAGCCAGAAUGGUGAAGUAAAUUUUGUUCUACUUGAAAUUGUGAUGCUCAGUGAAGUGGUCAACAGCAUCUUCUGGCCGUCUCUUGCUCUUGUGUUGGGCUGCAUAAUCUUUCUAACUCAACUCUGUCGAAUCACCUCCCAAGGGGGUGAGAGGGGUGCCAAGAAAUCUCCCUUCAGCUCGUUGGAACGUCAGUGGGCGAGGAUCAGGGAAAGGAGCAGCUACAGUCAUCAGAGGAUGGCUUCAGAGAGGCUGGUCGGCUCUGACAAGUUGGAAGAAGUUGGACACAUUGCACAAGUUGUUGGAUGAAUGGCUGGCUGGCUGGCUGAUCGGUUUACUACGCUAUCUAUCUACGUCAUAUUUUGUAAAUUGUCAAUAAAAAUUUGUAAACAUUGAGAUAUUAUUUUCUUUUUCAAAGACCAUCAUCAUAUUUCCAUGCGACUAUUAUUUUUAUCUACAUUAUUCAUAUUUCAUUUCAUUCAUUGCAUUAGUCAUGUGUUGUACAUAAGUAUGUGCAAGUGUGUGUGUGCGUGUGUGUAUUGUACAUCGUUUUUGUUGACUUAUUUUAAAUCACAAAUUUCAAUUUUAGGAUAACUUACUGUAUCUGCAUAUUUAAACACAUAACGUAUUUCUUGAAAUAGUAUUACGUCUAGUGAUUAGUAUUAAGUAAUGUUGCAAAUCAGACAAAUGUAUAUUAUAUAUACAUAUAUAUA